AUGGGUAAGCGAAAAAAGGCUACAAAGCCUCAAGCAGCGAAGAAAGUACAACCGUUGGAUGUUGUCUUCAAAUGCCUUUUUUGCAAGCAUGAAAAAGCAGUGAAUUGCAAAAUCGCCGAUGGUCAGGCCAAUCUGGAAUGCAAGGUAUGCGGACAACGAUUCUCUUGCCGAACAAAUUCCCUUACUGCACCUAUCGAUGUAUAUUCCGAGUGGAUCGAUGCGACAGAAGAGGUCAAUUCCUAG